AUCUCCCAGCCAUGUUGCAGCGGAGGGGCUUGUAAACAGAAGGCAGCCCAGGGGAGACCACCCGGUGCGCCCCCUCCCCCAGCGCGAGCGUCGCCCCCUCCCCGUGAGCGUCGCCACCUGGGAAGGAGUCGCUGGUCUGCCCGCCUGCCUGCCAGGCACCAUGAUUCGAACGCAGCGCCCAUUUCCGGCGGCGUUCCUGGUCCUACUGGUUUUCCUGCUCCUGGAGCUGCCGGCUGCCCAGGGGUACAUUCACGCGAUGUCAGAUCACAAUUCCAGCAUGGAGUUCAACGACCUGCCGGCCCUCUUUGGGGAGCCCUUGCCGCACGAGGGGCUCGUGGGCUUUCUGGUGGAAGCCAAGCCGGCCAACGCCUGCCAGGCCAUCGAAGGCGCCCCGGUGCUGUCCAACGGGACCGUCUUCAUCGCCCUCAUCCGGAGGAACGACUGCAGCUUUGACCUCAAGGUAUUCCACGCCCAACAGGCCGGCUUCCUGGCCGUCAUCGUCCACAACGUGGGUUCGGACAAACUGCUCAACAUGGUCUGGGACAGCGAGGAACUACGCAAGCUGGUCACCAUCCCCUCCGUGUUCAUUGGGGAGACGGCCGCCAGACUCCUUCGCGACUCCUUCACCUACGAGAAAGGGGGCCAAGUGAUCCUGAUCCCGGAAUACAUCUUUCCGCUGGGCUAUUACCUGAUCCCCUUCACGGGGGUUGUGGGCAUAGUGAUGGCCGUGAUGUGCACUAUUUUGAUUGUGCGCUGCAUCCAGCACCGGAAGAGGAUGCGGAGGAACCGGCUCUCGAAGGAGCAGCUGAAGAAAGUCCCCGUCCACAAGUACAAGAAAGGGGACGAGUAUGAUGUCUGCGCCAUUUGCCUGGAGGAGUAUGAAGACGGGGAGCGGCUGCGAAUCCUGCCUUGCUCUCACGCCUACCACUGCAAGUGUGUGGACCCCUGGCUGACGCAAACCAAGAAGACGUGUCCCGUCUGCAAGCAGAGGGUGCUGCGCUCCCCGGAUGACUCCGACUCGGAGGGCGAAGAGGGUCCCCGUGCCCCCCAAGACGAGGAGGAGGCAGGGGGCCAGGGGGGCCACGGGGAAGAGGAGGAGGAGGAGGAGGGCGAGGAGGAAGGAGAGGAAGGCGACUCGGAGCGCACCCCCCUCCUGCGCCCCUCGCCCACCGCCGCCCUGGGGGGGCCCUCCUUUGGCAGCAUGGGGCAGCAUUCGCCCCCCUCUGCCGCCCCUCAGGGCCUCCUGGAAGAGGCGGGGGGCGAAGGGGACCAGGAUCGGGACCAGAGGAAGGGGCUUCUCCCCAGGGGCCCCCUCCCAGUCUAGCGCAGUGUUGGGCAUGGGGGGCGCGAGAGGGGCCCCCGGGUCAGGCACCCCACAGCCCACCCUAAAGGGAAGCCAGAAGGGGGGGCAGAAAAGACAACCCCCCCUUCGUCCCUCUGCUUUUUACCACUGAGCUUCCACUAUAUGUUAACUUUUCAGGGAGGGGGUGGUGGAAUCUGGGGGGGUC